GGUCAAACUAGAAACCAGGAAUUUUGUGAGGUUAGAUUGAAAUAAUUGUAGUGUGUACAUUGAAAUUUUAGACAUCUCUUUUACUGGAAUGAUGUCAUUAUUUUCAAAUGUUUGUCGUUGUACUACUCUCAAUAAUUCUAAAAGGUGUAUCAGGUUUUCAGAGGACAUCCGAUCAUUUCAACUGAAAUUGCCAAAAAGACCCAUCACAACAAGUAACAAUGUAAAGAUCCAUGCACCCGCUAAAUCGAAAAGAUUUCUCUAUUCGGCAAUGAUAGGAUUGGGUGCUGGAAUUGCUGUUGGAGGAUAUUAUUCUUAUACUGAUAUUGUAGAUCGGGGACGACCUCUCAAAGCCCCUGAUUCCAACAACGAGAAACAUUUUUUGAAAGCUUUGCCUGAUGUUGAAGUUUCCAGGAGGGUGGUGUUUGAUACAGAUGCAUCAGGUUUGAAGAUCAUCCUAUUCCAGUACCCAACCUGCCCAUUCUGCUGUAAAGUGAGAGCCUUCCUGGACUACCAUGGCAUUUCCUAUGAUGUGGUUGAAGUCAAUCCAGUCUUGAGACAACAGAUCAAGUGGUCCGAGUACAGGAAAGUACCAAUCGUACUCAUCAAGGUCAAGGAUGGAUAUCAACAACUGAACGACAGCUCGAUGAUAAUAUCAGCGCUCGGCUCCUAUGUGAAGGACAAUAGCUAUACUGAUCUCAUGGAAUUGGUGAGCUACUACCCGACCAUAGAAUACAGGGAUGACGAAGGAAACCGCAAAUCCGACAUCAUGAACAAGUACUUCCUCAUGUUUAAGAAGGACUUGGGAUCACCGGAAAAAGAGAACGCAGUUCUAUCCGAAAGAAAAUGGAGGAAAUGGGCUGAUAGUGUAUUAGUUCAUACAUUGUCUCCAAAUGUAUAUAGGACAAUGGAUGAGUCACUGGAAUCGUUCAAUUGGUUUUCUGAAGUGGGUGAAUGGAAACGACUGUUCUCGUGGUGGGAAGUCAGUCUUGUUGUGUAUGUUGGAUCAUUUGCAAUGUGGAUGAUUGGAAAACGUCUACAGAAAAAGUACAACUUGAAGAAUGACGUGCGCCAGUCACUUUACGACGAAUGCAACGUGUGGGUGCGUGAGCUGGCCAAGCGGGGCACCCCCUUCCACGGCGGCCAGCGACCCAAUCUUGCUGACUUGGCGGUUUUCGGCGUACUCUGCAGCAUCGAAGGAUGCACCGCUUUCAAAGACUUGCUGGCCAACACCAAGAUAGGCGGCUGGUACUCGCGCAUGAAACAAGCCUGUCACGAACACCAGGGGAGCUUGCAUGUUGUCUAAAGUUACACCACUUUACACUGUCGGCAUUUGUUGAAAUUGAAGCUUUGGAAAAAAUUGUCAAGAUAUCAUAAGAUCGAUUUUUAUAGUAAUUCUAAAAUGAUUUUCCAAGACAUCGAUAUAUCGAAAGCAACUUUUCGAUUGCAAAAAUAUCGAUGUAUAAAUAUCGACUUAUCGAUAUUUUUGAUACAUUGAUCGAUUUUUAUAGUAAUUUAAAAUGAUUUUCCAAAAUAUCGAUAUAUCGAAAACAACUUUUCUAUUGCAAAAAUAUCGAUGUAUAAAUAUCGACUUAUCGAUCCCGAAAUAUCGAUAUUUUCGAUACAUUGAUAUUUUGUUGCCAUCCACAGUUUCUAAUUCCGCAUCCACAUGUUGGUAUAUUGAAGUCCAAUGUCGACCAGCGCCAGUGUGGUUUGUCAGCGCUGACCUUCACUCGCCUUCGUUGGUUUACCAGGUUGGGCCAGCGAUUGGGCCAACAUGUGAAUGCGGCAUCAUGAAUGUGUCAUCAACAUCAAAGCUUCCCGUUCUAUCAAUGCUGAUAGUUUGAAGUGAAUCUUAAUAUAGCUUGUUCCAAACUUGUAGAAAGUACACAUCAUAUUGUUAUGUUUAAUGUAAUAAACGCUUGUUAAUUAACUUAUGAA